AUGGCCAAUAUGAAGUUCCUUACUCUUUUCUUGAUUUUGCUUAAUCUUGUUAUUACGUUGCCAAAAGCAAAGAGUGAUGGAUCAUAUGGUGAUUAUGAUGAUCAUAGUACUAGUACUAGUGGAGUGUUAAGGUUUGAUGUGUACAAAGAUGUUUGUCCAGAAGUUGAGGACAUAAUCUUCUCUUGGAUCCAAGAAGCAGUCAUGGAAGAUUCUAGAAUGGCUGCUUCCUUACUUCGUCUCCAUUUCCAUGAUUGCUUUGUUAAUGGAUGUGAUGGAUCUGUUUUAUUAGAUGACACAAACUCUUUUGUUGGUGAGAAAACCGCGGCGCCAAACUUGAACUCUCUAAGGGGCUUCGAAGUCAUUGACGCCAUAAAAUCGGAGCUUGAGACUUUCUGCCCCGAAACUGUCUCCUGCGCUGAUAUUCUUGCCAUAGCUGCUAGGGACUCUGUCUUUCUAUCUGGUGGACCAAGUUGGGAAGUCCAAAUGGGAAGGAGGGACAGCUUGAGUGCUAGCAAAACAGCAGCAAACAACAACAUCCCAGGCCCAAAUUCUACUUUCUCACAACUUCUCUCCAAGUUUGAGAAUUUAGGCCUUAAUCUCAAAGACUUGGUUGCUCUAUCUGGUGCACACACAAUGGGAAUGGCCCGCUGCUCAACCUUUAGCGCUCGACUACAAGGCUCAGCAGCAGCCGCCUCAUCUCCACCAGCCUUCAUCGAAUCACUUCAACAGCUAUGCUCGGUGUCAACCAGUGCUAGUGGUGGCAACAAUGUUCUAGCACAGUUGGACCUAGUGACGCCUGCGACAUUCGACAACCAAUACUACAUCAACCUCGUCUCUGGAGAGGGGUUGCUUCCUUCUGACCAGGUUCUUGUGACUGGAGAUGACCAAGCUCGUGACAUUGUGACAACAUAUGCACAAGACCCCUUUGUGUUUUUUGAGGACUUUCAAAGUUCCAUGCUGAAAAUGGGAAGUAUAGGGGCCAUAACAGGGACUAAUGGUGAAAUUCGUAGGGAUUGUAGAAGAGUUAAUUGA